AGUGAAAGUGAUUCGCAUUAUAUUUAUGUGAAAUAAUAGUGUUGCGUUUUUGCGGAAAAAACAGGAACUAACGUUGAAAAUAGGUAUAGCUAUCUAGAGUAAGACUUUAGUCUAUGUCCUCCCUCUUGCUUUGAAACAGGAAUACGUGUGGACACCUGUGCGUACGGCAAGCAGCAACCGUCUGUAUACGUGAGAGUGCAUGCGUGGGUGUUGUAGCAGGCGUUUCUUUAUCAAUAGAGAAAUGGUGCUCCCGCCUUGAGUGUUUCUUGAAUCGACGAGUGUGAAUUUCUCAGUGAAAACUUGUGUUGGAAUUGAGUAAAAAAAAUUAGUGUUAUUAAAUGUAACCUGAAAAGCGUAUCUACCGUUUGUCGGAAUUGAAUGUACAACUCGAUUGAUGAUACAUGCACGCCAAACGUCAAAGGAAGGGAAAGAUAACAAAAACAUCUGUAUUAUUAACAUAAUAGAUACAUAAAAAUGAAAAAUAAUCGCGUCUUAAUAAUCAUAGAAAUUAUAAUAGAGGGUUUACUACCGGAAGCGUCAUGCUACUUCGUUUAACCGUUGAAGAUCUGUGAAAAUCUCUCUCAUGCGAUAUCAUUUUUAUUCGAUUUCAGAGACCAAAAACUAUAUAUAUGAGAAAUUAUACAUGAGUUAGUUACUCUGACUGUUCAUCCGUUUGCCUGGUCGUCCACCCCUUCCAAACCGUCCUGACACAACGUUUAACGGGUGUAUAAAAAGAAUAAACAUGAUGGCGGCGUGAGAGAGAUAGAUAAGUGAGCAAGAGAAGGGAGAAGAGAGAGAAAGAGAGAAAGAAAGAAAGAAAGAAAGAAAGAAAGAAAGAAAGAAAGAGAAGUCAGCCAGCCAGCCAGCUAGAACCAGCCAACCAGUCAGUGUGCCAGAAGCGACGAACUUUGUUUCGUGCUAUCUUUGUCUCAAUGAAAAAAAUUUAUCGUUCCUGAAUAUCCAUCUAUUUUUUUGCAUUUAUUCGCCUUUAUAAAAUCAAAUAAAUCGAGGAGAAUAAUAAGUUUUUAUAAUUAAUGCUGAGAGAACGUUUCGCUUGUAAACAGUUAUCAAGGUGCGGCCACGUUCAUCGUGUUCGCGGUGUUUGCUUCGAUUUUCAUGCAUGCGGGGUCCACGACCGAGCGUGUGAGAAAUUCAGCAUAUCGUCUGGUAACACGGUGGCUUGAUUUCGAUUUUCUAGUGUUUUCGUAGAUGAUAAAAUGAUAUUUCACAGCCGGAAAUAUAUGAUUCGAUGUCACUGAUAACAAGCGUUCAUUGAAUUAUAACAGGAAACUUUGUUUGAAUUAAUAUAAUGUGAAUGAUUUAAAAACAAAACUUAAAAACACAGGAAAUGCGGUGUUGAUGCAUGUAAAUAAAACACGUGAUUAGAUGAAUAACUGCCCGAGAAGACUUAAGAAGUUGCUCUUUUUUAAUUAGAAUUCAUCACAUAAGGAAAUUCUGCAUUUAAAAUUCAUCGAAUUGAAUUGAAUUCAUAGCUACUAAUAGAAUCGAAAAAGCAUUUGUAACAAUUAAAUAAUUCUCCAUCGAUUAUUAAUUGUUAUUUGAUCCAAAACGAUUUAUUUUUGAAUAUUUUUCAUGGCAAAUAGAUCGAAUCGAAUCGUAUAUGGCUAUUUUGAUUAACGGUAAUUACGCUCCAAGAGAGGUGAAUUUCGUUGAGUGUAAAAAUCUAUUAUAUGAAGGACAACGACGCUAUUAUUUCGUCAAAGAUUGACAUCGAGACUUUUGUUCGAGAAAUUCAUCUGUUUAAGGGAAUAGGAUAUUCGAUGGAGCGAAAUCGUCCGUGUUGGCCGGCCUGGUGGCAAUAACCUCCAGUCAGAGGUGGCAGACAGUUUUCGCACGAUGCGUUUGCCCUCGUGCGCGAUAGAUUAUAAAAUUAGACGUUCGAAACUUCGUACGAAGGAAAAAGGAGCAAAAACACAUCGUUCUCAUGCGGUAAAGAAGGUGGAGACACUGACUGGUGAUAACGAAGGAAGGGUCAAGCGACGAAAGGAAUUAAUACAAGUCGGAUGAAUAAUUUCGAGGGUAGACAGCUGUGCAUAGUCAGAAGUGACGUCAGUCGCGUUGGGUUCAUAGUUCCUCUUAUUUUUCUCAUUCGGAGCUGCGUACAGACAUCGCGUGCGAAGGGGCGACAAUGAAAGCGGCAAAUAAGCGAAAAUAAAGAAAGAGCACGUUAAUGACCAAGCGAAAAUAAGAAAAAAAUACAAAGUCAAGUUUUCGAUGAACGAUAAUUAUCUCACUCGCACUCGUUACAGUGAAAAGAAUCAUCACAAUUUCUAGUCUGUUGCAUUUACAUCGAGAAAUCUUUUUUUUUUUCAUUUCUCGAUGAAAUAUUAUUAAAUCGAUUAUAUUUCAAACUGCACGUGCUAUGUAUCAUCGCCAUCGCGGAUCGAAACACGUUCGAUGCGCUCUUGUAACGAUGCGCAUUUAUCGAGCACGCAUCGCAGAUUGUUCGUAAUGCUUCGUCUUAGAAGAUUUGAUAAUUUCAUUAAAUAGUUAUCGUGCAAAGAUACACGAAAAAAAAAAAAAAAAAGAAAGAAAAGAAAAAAAUAACAUUUCAUAAUUCAGCAGUUUAUUUUAAACACUGAGAAUGAGACUGAAAUUCAAUUAUUAAAUCUUUUAGUCGAUUAAUUUAUUCGAGGCGGACGAGUUCGUUGAAAAGUAAUUACGGAAUCGGCAAGUUUGACCAAAUUUACUAAUACAUUAUAAAUAUUAUAUAGAGAUAUAAACUAAAUUCAUAUAAAUCUGCAAAUCCUUAGAACAAGAGAAAUCUGAAAUACGACAAGCAAUAAACGAUUGCUUUUAAAAUUAGGAUAUUAGUCUCAACGAACCAACAUGUUUUUUAUCCAAACGACAAUACAUCGUGACACGUUAGAACGAAUGAUAAUAGUUGAAAUUGCAAAAAAAGAAAGAUAUUAAAGGGAAAAAAGGGGGCGUUCGCGAUCGAUGCACUUCACCCUGUUGAAUUGUAUCUGUACGAGUAAUCAUCCAAUGAUUGGUUAUUUCGUUUUCUUUGAUACACGACCUAUCGGUCUGUCCGAGAAGAAACGACACACGCUUCAAUAUCAUCGUCAAAUGGACACAAAUGACUAGCUUAACAUUAUCUUCGAGCACGUUCGAGAUGCCCCGGUCUAGAUCAAAACUGUUCGUACCCGCGAACGCGAUCUCAACACAGACGUACAACACACCAUCAAGUGAGAACAAUCAUCUUCCACCCUUGAAGGGUAGCGCAUUGGCACUGAAGCAGCCUGCAAGUGAGUCGUCGCCUAGUUACUUGACCCGAACCAGUCACAUGGCCGGUACUCAUCUUCCGAGUUUAAGUUCCAGCGCCAACAACAGCUUGCUCAGCCUGACCGGGAACUCCGAUAGCUUGAACCUGAGCCUGAGUUCGCACACGAGCCACAACUCGAGUCACAACUCGAGCCAUAAUUCGAGCCACAAUUCGAGUCAUAAUUCGAGUCACAACAAUUCCAGUCAUAACUUCACUCAUAAUUCCAGUCAUAAUUUCAGUCACACCACCGCUCACGAGUCACAACACGCGCAGUCGAAUAGCCAAUCAAGCACCGCGUCAGUGGUGAAGAAUGGAUGUUCGAACGGAAGUUCCUGCGGCAGCGGUAUCCGCAAGCCGAAGACUAUCAUCGCCACACCGGACGUCGUGUUGAAGAUCUACGUGGACAAACUGACACCGUACGAGCACCACGAGAUUUUCAAUUAUCGGCAUAUAUAUUUUAUUGGGGCGAACGCGAAGAAGAGGCCGGGGAUAAUCGGUCGACCUCAUAACAAUGGCUACGACAACGAACAUGGUUCCUACAUCCACGUGACGCAUGAUCACGUGGCCUAUAGGUACGAGGUGUUGAAGGUGAUCGGUAAAGGUUCGUUCGGUCAGGUUGUAAAAGCGUACGAUCACAAAAAGCAGGAGCAUGUCGCCCUGAAGAUGGUGAGGAACGAGAAGAGGUUCCAUCGUCAGGCGCAGGAGGAAGUGAAGAUAUUGAGGAAGCUACGCGAACAGGAUAAGGACGACACGAUGAAUAUCAUUCAUAUGUUCGAUUCGUUCACGUUCCGUAACCACAUGUGCAUCACCUUCGAAUUACUCGGUAUUAAUCUGUACGAGUUGAUCAAGAAGAACAAGUUCCAGGGGUUCAGCAUGCAGCUUGUGAAGAAGUUCGCGCAUUCGCUGCUACAGUGCCUCGAUGUUCUCUACAAGAACAGGAUCAUACAUUGCGACAUGAAGCCGGAGAAUGUUCUCUUGAAGCAGCAGGGACGCAGUGGUAUCAAGGUGAUAGACUUUGGUUCGAGCUGCUACGAGAACCAACGCGUCUACACGUACAUUCAAAGUCGCUUCUAUCGCGCGCCAGAGGUGAUCCUGGGUGCAAAGUACGGUAUGCCAAUCGACAUGUGGAGCCUCGGUUGCAUCUUGGUGGAGCUGGUUACCGGUUUCCCGCUGCUGCCAGGCGAAGACGAGUCCGACCAGCUGGCCUGUAUCAUCGAGUUGCUAGGCAUGCCGCCGCCUCAGCUGUUAGAAUCCGCGAAACGGUGUAGGCAGUUCAUCAGCUCAAAGGGUUAUCCACGCUAUUGCACCGUUAUAACGAUGUCCGACGGUUCGAUCGUGUUGAACGGCGGUUUCUCCAGGAAAGGCAAAGACCGUGGCCCGCCCGGCUCCAGGGAUCUGAGGCAGGUAUUGAAAAAUUGCGACGAUCCAUAUUUCCUGGAUUUCAUUCAUCGCUGCCUGAAAUGGGACCCGGAACAGCGUAUGACACCUGGCAAAGCGUUGAAACACAGAUGGCUGCGCCGUAGAUUGCCAGAGCUUCCAAAGAAAACGAACGACGCUUUGCCCGCGUUACCGGCAGCCUCUGCGCCGCCUACCUCCGCUUCCGGCCUCCGUACUUCCGCGUCCGGUAGCAAAAGUUCGACCAAGUCGAACACGUUGCAGACCAACAAUACGGAGAACACGAACAAGGUGAAGCAGUUGAACGACAUCUUCCAUACCAUGUCUACCAUAUACUCGGCAUUGCAACGUAACGACGGUGGAAGAGGAAGAGGAAGAGAUCAAACGGUGGCAACCAAUCAUCAAGCGACCGUCAGCAGUCAUCCGUCGCUGAACUCUAUUAGUGGUGAUGCUAGUAGUGGUGGUGGUGGUGGUGGUGGUGACGGUAGUAGCAGUAGUACUAGUGGUAGUCAGCAGCAAUCGCAGCCACAGCAACAACAACAGCAGCAGCAACAACCACAACAACAGCAAGCUCAACAGCAACAGCAGCAACAGCAUAGUCAUCAAUUGCAAACGAAACAGCAGCACAAUAACGGUUCGCACGGAUCUCACGGGUCCCAUGGAUCCCAAGGAUCGCAUGGUUCUCAUGGAUCCCACGGAUCCAACGGAUGGAGCAUAUCGUUUCUCGAGUGGCUCGAGACGGUGGACAAUGAUUAGCAAGGACAUUAUCGAGCAACUGAGACGAUUCAUCGAAACACGAGAUCCCUCUUAUUACUUUUUUCUAACACGUUUACCGUGGUCGAUGUUGCCGUGAUCGCUGACCUCGUGUCUCGCUGAUUUGUCGGAUCAGAUCGACCGAUGUCUAUCUUCACGAUGUCGUCUUUCGACACGCGUUGUGAAUACCCGUUGUCGAACGACACCGAGAUAUUAACGGUGUUCCUGCCUGUGUGGUAAUAUGGUCGCUCGUUACGAGAAAAAGAUUCCUCGGAGUCAAAGGAGAGAUAGCAGUGGCCUCAUCUUCGACCUCCGGAUACUACUACUGUGAUCUACUACGCGAUAUGUUACUACUAAAAAGCGAAAAGCGUAAAAAAAAAAAAAAAAAAAAAAAGAAAAAA